UGCAAAAAAAGAAAAAGUUAAUACCUUUACCGAAACGCCGUCAUAUAAGUUUGUUUUCAGAAACGCCAUAACCUCCGUUCAUAAAAGCUCCAGUCUUCUUCACCUUCACAGCUCCAAACCCUUUAAACCAACAGAUCCGUCGUUGAAUUUCAAAGGAAAUGGCUGGUGGAACAGCUCCCCCUAGAGGAAGUGCAGCAGCAGCCGCAAGCAUGCGUAGGCGGAGAACCACAAGUGGUGCAGCCUCAGGAGGGGCUGCUGGGACCAUGCUUCAAUUUUACACGGAUGAUGCACCAGGUCUGAAGAUCUCGCCGAAUGUUGUGCUUGUCAUGAGUAUUGGUUUCAUUGCUUUUGUUGCCGUUCUACAUGUUAUGGGCAAGCUCUAUUUUGUUCGUAGAGAGGCUUGAAAGGAAUUUGUUGGCCAGAAAAAAAAAUCAACAGAAUUUAUUUAGGAGUCUGAGUUGCAAAGCAAAACUGUUUUUUUUUUUUUGAUUAAAAACAAGUCUAGUGUCAAAGGUGCAAUUUUGUUUCAAUGGUUAAAAUUGGUUUACAUUGUUCUACUUGUUUGAGGAAGAUGGUGCAAACUCAAUUUCAUAUAAUGUUAGGUUUUAGACAA